GGGGCAAGAUGGCGGUCGGGCCUGGGGUGCUGCCCCGGGUCUGGCAGAGCUCGGGGGUUUUGGGCUGAGGCGGCGGCAGCUACGGCCCCGACCCCGAGCGUUGGGGCCUCAAGCGGAUAAAGGUCUACCGCCUGCGAAAUAACAAGCUCCUCUGACACAAGAAGCUGUUCUCACUUGUGAGUCCUGUGCAAGAUCACUAAUGAUUACCUAGCAUUUCUGCGACACAAACACGUUCUCAGGGUUUGUGCAAGUUUGCAAACAUGUUCACUGUAUCUCAGACCUCGAGAGCAUGGUUUAUUGAUAGAGCCCGCCAGGCACGAGAAGAAAGGCUCGUGCAGAAGGAGCGGGAGCGGGCAGCUGUUGAGAUUCAGGCCCACAUCCGGAGUUUUCUCUGUCGGGGUCGACUGCAGAGAGACAUCAGGCAAGAGAUCGAUGACUUUUUUAAAACAGAUGACUCUGGGUCCAGUAAAAAAAGUGCAUUUUGUAUUUUCAAGAUUGCCAGGAAGCUGCUGUUCUUAUUCAGAAUUAAAGAGGAUAAUGAGAGAUUCGAUAAGUUGUGUCACUGCAUCCUGAGCAGCAUGGACGCUGAGAAUGAACCUAAGGUGUGGUAUGUGUCCCUGGCUCUUUCCAAGGAUCUCACCCUCCUGUGGAUUAAACAGAUCAAGGACAUUCUUUGGCAUUGCUGUGAGUUUCUUGAGCAGCUCAAGCCUGAAAUCUUACAAGACUCCAGACUUAUCACACUGUACCUCACGAUGCUUGUCACCUUCACAGACACUUCAACAUGGAAAAUUCUUCGGGGAAAAGGUGAGAGUCUUCGACCAGCCAUGAACCACAUUUGUGCAAAUAUAAUGGGACAUCUCAACCAGCAUGGAUUUUAUUCUGUGCUGCAGGUAUUGCUAACCCAUGGACUGGCAAGACCCCGGCCUUGUCUGUCCAAAGGCACUCUAACAGCAGCCUUUUCCCUAGCAUUGCGCCCUGUGAUUGCUGCACAAUAUUCAGACAAUCUGAUUCGUCCCUUCCUGGUCCACAUCAUGUCCGUGCCUGCUCUUACGAUUCAUCUGCGCACAGUGACCCCUGAGCGCCUCACUGUUUUAGAAUCUCAUGACUUGCUUCGUAAAUUCAUCGUAUUUUUGAGAGACGAAGAUCGAUGCCGUGACGUAUGUGAGAGUUUAGAAGGAUGCCAUACACUUUGUCUAAUGGGCAAUCUCCUACACUUGGGCUCCCUCAGCCCCAGAGUAUUAGAGGAGGAGACGGAUGGGUUUGUCAGUUUGCUCACCCAGAUGCUGUGCUACUGUCAGAAGUACGUGUCCCAGAAGAAAUCCAACCUGACCCACUGGCACCCUGUCCUUGGCUGGUUCUCCCAAUCUGUGGACUAUGGCCUUAACGAGUCAAUACACUUAAUCACCAAACAGCUGCAGUUCCUGUGGGGGGUGCCUCUGAUCCGGAUCUUCUUUAAUGACAUCCUGAGCAAGAAGCUGCUGGAGAACCAGGAGCUGGCCCACACGCAGCCAGCGUCCCCACAGAAUGUGCUUCCAGUGAAGAGUCUCCUAAAGCGUGCAUUUCAGAAAUCUGCAUCAGUCCGGAAUAUUCUCAGGCCUGUGGGGGGUAAACGCGUCGACUCUGCAGAAGUCCAGAAGGUUUGCAAUAUCUGUGUCCUCUACCAGACCUCAUUGACAACUCUCACCCAGAUCCGUCUACAGAUACUCACAGGUCUCACUUACCUUGAUGACCUGCUGCCCAAACUGUGGGCCUUUAUAUGUGAGCUGGGGCCCCACGGAGGGUUAAAGCUCUUCUUGGAAUGCCUGAACAAUGACACCGAAGAGUCCAAGCAGCUCUUGGCCAUGCUGAUGCUGUUCUGUGACUGCUCCCGGCAUCUUAUCACGAUCCUUGAUGACAUUGAAGUUUAUGAAGAACAAAUUUCAUUCAAACUGGAAGAGCUGGUCACCAUUUCCUCUUUUUUGAAUUCCUUUGUGUUUAAGAUGAUCUGGGAUGGAAUCAUAGAGAAUGCCAAAGGUGGGACUUUGGAGCUGUUCCAGUCUGUCCACGGGUGGCUGAUGGUGCUCUAUGAACGGGACUGCCGACGGCGCUUCGCCCCUGAGGACCACUGGCUGCGAAAGGAUCUCAAACCUAGUGUGCUUUUCCAAGAACUCGACAAGGACAGAAAACGGGCACAGUUGAUCCUGCAGUACAUUCCUCAUGUCAUUCCUCACAAAAAUAGAGUUCUUCUGUUCCGAAAUAUGGUUACCAAAGAGAAGGAGAAACUGGGGCUUGUGGAAACCAGCUCUGCCUCCCCCCACGUCACUCACAUCACUAUCCGUCGGUCCCGGAUGUUGGAGGACGGCUACGAGCAGCUUCGGCAGCUCUCCCAGCAUGCCAUGAAGGGUGUGAUCCGCGUGAAGUUCGUCAAUGACCUCGGAGUGGAUGAGGCAGGGAUUGAUCAAGAUGGCGUUUUCAAGGAGUUCUUAGAAGAGAUCAUCAAGAGGGUGUUUGACCCAGCACUCAAUCUGUUCAAGACAACCAGUGGGGAUGAGAGGCUAUACCCUUCGCCCACAUCCUACAUUCAUGAGAAUUACCUGCAGCUCUUCGAGUUUGUGGGGAAGAUGCUGGGGAAGGCUGUGUAUGAGGGAAUCGUGGUGGACGUGCCCUUCGCAUCCUUCUUCCUGAGCCAGCUGCUUGGGCAUCACCACAGCAUCUUCUAUAGUUCUGUGGAUGAACUUCCCUCUCUGGACUCAGAGUUCUAUAAAAACCUCACUUCCAUUAAGCGCUAUGACGGGGACAUUGCUGACCUGGGCCUGACGCUGUCUUAUGAUGAGGACGUCAUGGGUCAGCUUGUUUGCCAUGAACUGAUUCCCGGAGGGAAGACCAUUCCUGUUACAGAUGAAAAUAAAAUUAGCUACAUCCAUCUGAUGGCACAUUUUCGAAUGCACACUCAAAUCAAAAAUCAGACAGCUGCCCUCAUUAGCGGAUUUCGUUCCAUUAUCAAAACCGAGUGGAUCCGAAUGUUCUCAACCCCUGAGCUGCAGCGUCUCAUCUCUGGUGACAAUGCUGAGAUUGAUCUGGAAGAUUUAAAGAAGCACACAGUGUACUACGGUGGUUUCCAUGGAAGUCAUAGAGUCAUUAUCUGGCUCUGGGAUAUUCUGGCCUCUGACUUCACGCCCGAUGAGAGAGCCAUGUUUCUGAAGUUUGUGACCAGCUGCUCCAGGCCGCCGCUCCUGGGAUUCUCCUACCUCAAGCCUCCUUUCUCCAUCCGCUGUGUCGAAGUGUCGGAUGAUCAGGACACUGGCGACACCCUGGGCAGUGUCCUCCGGGGCUUCUUCACCAUCCGCAAGCGGGAGCCUGGCGGCCGUCUGCCCACCUCCUCCACCUGCUUCAACCUGCUGAAGCUGCCCAACUACAGCAAGAAGAGCGUCCUCCGUGAGAAGCUACGCUAUGCCAUCAGCAUGAACACGGGCUUCGAGCUCUCCUAGCUCCUGCGCCCAACCCACCCACCUGCCCUUGUGGACUCCGGACCUUCAGCUCCUGAGAGCAUGACCAACAUGCCAGGUGACAUCAGCCCCCAGACCCUCUUUAUAGCCAUGAGACUCCCCCGUGGCCUCAGGAACUUUAGAAGCACGUGAUGACACUACACAGCAUUCUCCAGGUGAUAAUAAGGGGAAGGGGGUGUUGAAAAUAAACCACCGGAUUCUGCCCACAUUGGUCCUUUUUCCUGGUGAUUGCAGAGGGGCUUCUUUUUUAUAGUUUGACCUUUUUGUGAGUCUGUCUUUCCUUAACCCUCUGAGUGAGCUGUGUUUGAACAAGUCCCAGGAGCUCUGAGAGUCUAGAAUGGUUCUCAUGACAUGGGUCUGAGCACAUGAAGCCUACUACACGCGAGAUCCUCUCCUUCUGUUUCCGAAAACCCUUUACUCAGGUAAGGCCUUGCCAAGCCUCUAUGCACCCAACAAAGUCUCUGCCUCCAUCCUGUCCACAGCCGCCUCUUCCCAGACAGCCAGGCCCUUCUGCUGCCCAGAGAAGCCAAGGUAUCUGCUGGGGAGGCUGUGGAGCACUGGAAGUUCAGGGCACUGCUCCCACCUUGAUGCCACGUUUCCACACUGCUGCCCUCCCCCCUUCUGAGUCCUCAGCAGGCCGAGCCACCAAGGAGCUUCCACUGGCUGGUUCCGUCCUAUGCAUUCACAGCAGCGUCCUGGUUUGGGAGAAAAAACCACCGGCCCUUAAGAACAGCUCCAUUUCCAGGAUGCACUAGCUGUUACCCAAAGCCUGCCAGUUCCCAAGGGUGCAGCUGCCUCUGUUCCUGCUUGUCUGCCCCACUUGUUGUUAUCUAAUGAAGAAACAAACACCGACCUACGGUACUUGUUCCAUCUGGGCAGUGGCUUUGCUCCAUAGACUGCAAAAUCCCAAGAAACUUGGGCCUUGCUGCCUGGCCUUCUUCAGCACAGGGAACCCAGGAGCCCUUUGCACUGACAACGAUUCACGAGGCUGAGGAAACUCACAAACCCUCUGGGCUGGUUUUCUCUUUUUUUUUUUUUUUUUUUUUCCACUUUAUUUUCUCUUCCAACCCAGUGUGCUCCUCUACCCUCAUUCUUUACCUUGUCAUGAGAACUUUACUCUAUUUUUUUUUUUUCUUCUCAUGCCCUAGAACUUUACUCUAGAUCCAGGGGAUGAAGCAAAGGCCCUUGAGCGGUCUUUGUUGACAGCUGUCCUACCCUCUCCCACCUCUUCGUGCUUCUUCCACAUCCCCACUACCUAGACUGAAGCCAGGAGUGCUGGGCCCUCCUCUGCUCUGUGGUGCCAGCUUAGGGCUCACGUCUCUUCAGAGCAGCAGAACCCCUUCCAGCAAGAACUGACAUGUUGGCAGCAGAGCGGGCAAGGCCUGUCUCCACAUUGGAGCCUUGUGUCCUGCCCAGGACAGAGCCCCUGGGCUUCUGGAGAACAGAAUGUAUGCUUCACUUUGAUGGAAAGAUGGCAAGGAAUUUAAAUACAGGAAUUUAUUAUUAUUAUUAUUUAAGAUUGUUUAGUAAAUUCUGAUUCUAUGGACUUGCCACUUUCUUUAAAACUUGAUUUCUUUGAAGAUUUCUUCUGAACGUGUGUACACUGAGAAGGUUCGUACAUAUGUGUUGGGGCCUAGUAACUGUCCACCUGCAUAGAAAAGAUUGAUCCCAUCUUGAUUUUUAUUACCUGAGAAUCAGAGCUAGUGGGGGAUUAGGGAGAGAGUGGUUUAUAAGCACCAAUAUCAACUUUACCCGUUUAUUUUUUGAUGAGGAGGUGUAGUUUGUAAUUUCGUCUAAAUUCUUUUCAACAGUUGGAAAUAUUGCACUAUCUAAAACACUGACUGUACUUUUAUAGCUGGUGUUCAUUGACACCUUAAUGGCUCUUGAUGGCUCUAAAAAGUUGUGGGCUUUUUUGUUUUCGUAGAUAACUUAUGGAUUAAGACAUGAGCAAAGGCAUUAUUAAAUUUGUACUUAAGCACA